GAAAGUAGGUUGCAAGCGGAGUCCCGCACUGAAAUGAAACUGGAAAAGAGACAAAAGAGCAACCUGAGAAUGGGGCAGGGACUCGCAUGUGGGCGAGGUGACUUUAGAAACAGGUAUUAACCCUCUUUGCUGUGUCAUGAUUACCAUGCACCGGAGGAGUACAGGACCUCAUCACAAUGAGUCACAGCUGGUUUUGGAGAGGAAGCUGCACACGGGAGAUACAUAAAAGGCCUUGGCACACAGAGCGAGGGAGGGACCACAGAGAGCCAAACACAUGAUGGGAAAGCAACAGGAAUAACAGAGAAAGAGGAACACACACAAAAAAAAAAAGUUUGGUGGCGUGAGGGAGGUGAAGAGCAUGCCUCUGGGGCGGUACAGUCAGAGAUUGGUGAGCCGGGGCAUGAAUGAACAGAGGAGAGAGGGAGGGUCUUUCCUCCCUGGACUUAAGUUUUACUUCCAGUUUGUAAGUUUGUCUGCACCACUCACACAGUCUGAGUGGAUUCAGCUCUAGACCAGGUGGACAGGACCCAGGUGAACCACACUUUGAGUCCAAUCCAAGACAGAGAAAGUGUUUGUGUGUGUUUGAGUGUUAGCUAAAAACAAUGUCCAAAAGGUCUGCAUGCAGUGAAAAAGGAGGAAGAGCAGCAGCUAAUGGACACGCUUCCCAGAAUGGGACUCAAUCAAAAGCCGGCGGGAAACUGCAGGAGGACGAGGACGACGGGAAGGUGGGACUGGGGAAGAAGGUGACACUGCUCCGAGGGAUCUCGAUCAUCAUCGGCACCAUCAUCGGGGCAGGGAUCUUCAUCUCUCCGAAGGGCAUCCUGAAGCACUCGGGCAGUGUAGGAAUGUCCCUCAUAGUGUGGAUCGCCUGCGGUGUGCUGUCACUCUUUGGAGCCCUGUCCUACGCUGAGCUGGGGACUUGUAUUAAGAAGUCUGGUGGACAUUACACAUAUAUAAUGGAAGCCUUUGGACCUCAGAUGGCUUUCAUUCGGCUUUGGGUCGAUCUCAUUGCGAUAAGGCCUGCAGGGAUGGCAGUGAUCUCUUUGGCUUUUGGUCAAUACAUCCUGGAGCCUCUGUUCAUGCCCUGUAAUAUCCCCCCUAUCGCCGUCAAACUGGCCACUGGCAUCGGCAUAACUUCUGUCAUGUACCUGAACAGUAUGAGUGUGACGUGGACAGCAAGGAUUCAGAUCUUCCUCACCUUCAGCAAGCUGCUGGCUAUCGGCAUCAUUAUAGUGCCGGGAUUGUACCAGCUCUUCAAAGGAGAGACCAAGAACUUUGAGAAUGCCUUUGAGAUGAGCAAUGUGAAGAUUUCUGGUAUGCCACUGGCCUUCUACUCUGGGAUGUAUGCAUACGCUGGAUGGUUCUAUUUGAACUUUGUGACUGAGGAGGUGGAUAACCCUGAACGGACUGUGCCUUUAGCCAUCUGUAUCUCCAUGGCGAUUGUGACCUCAUGCUUUGUGUUGACCAACGUGGCCUACUACACCGUGAUGUCAGCAGAGGAGCUCCUCACUUCGGAGGCAGUCGCUGUGACUUUUGCAGAGAAGCUGAUGGGGAACUUCUCCAUAGUGGUGCCUGUGUUUGUGGCCUUGUCCUGCUAUGGCUCCAUGAAUGGCUGCCUCUUUGCCUUGUCAAGAAUGUUCUACGUGGCAUCCCGUGAAGGACAGCUCCCUGAGGUUCUGUCUAUGAUCCACAUCCACAGACACACUCCACUGCCUGCUGUCCUCAUACUGUACCCGAUGACCAUGCUUCAGCUCUUUGUGGGAGAUCUCUACAGCCUGUUGAACUUCAUGAGCUUCCUGCGGUGGCUGUUCAUCGGUGUGGUGGUGCUGGGUUUAAUCUACCUCCGAUACACAAAACCUGACCUCCCCCGCCCAUUCAAGGUCCCCCUCUUCAUCCCAGUGGUGUUCUGCCUCACGUGUUUCUUCAUGGUCUUCCUGUCUCUGUACUCGGACCCGGUCAACACAGGGAUUGGAUUUGCUAUUUCCCUCACUGGCAUCCCCGCUUACUAUAUCUUCUUUUACUUCAGCCACAGACCAAAGUGGCUUCAGAGGGGUUUGGAUUCCUUUAACAGAACCCUGCAAAUCCUCCUGAUGGUCAUCCCCGCUGAGCAUUAACUGUGCAAAAAUACUGCACCACCUCUUUGGUCACUUCAGAAUACGCAUAAACACAAAACCAAACACUAACCUGUAAAAAAAACAAAAAACAAAAAAAACACUGGUUUUGAACUCUACAAAAGACUGAUUUAGUACAAAGACUGAAAAUGACAAAUGUCAUUGCUUAAUGUGAGUUUAUAUAAAGUGUGUUAUUAAAGGAUGAAGAUUUAUAUUUAA